AACAUUAGCCGGUAAGUGCAAGCUAGCCUGCUAUUGUUACAAAGAAACAAGUUGAUUUAACAGCGAAAUAACAGUUGACAACAAGCUGGCUUGCAGUACGAGGGUGUAUUUAAAUGACACAGCAGCUAAAACUUGUCUCGUCGUCUUCGGUUCCUUUGUGUAUUCAUGGUAGGAAGCUGCCUCCGUUGUCAUCAGUGUAUGCACCUUAUCUGGGCAAAGUGAGCCAGCCUGAUUACCUGCUUGGGCAUAGUAUAUAUUCCCAACAUUUAAGGAUUUGAUUAUGUUUGCCAUUUCACACUAACUGUAGGAAAUCAUACAAUGUGAACACAAUCAGAUGUCGAUCAAACUGAAAGUUUGGCAUCAUCACACACUGCUAAUACCUUAUAACCUAAUUUAGUUUUCUAAGGUCUUUUUGGAGCUGUCUCGCGACUUAAUACUGUAAGAAAGUAAAGGUUUUGACCUCUUUAAUAUGAAAAGGUAUUUGUAUAAAACAGCCUUUUAGGUGCAUUACGUGACUGCAGUGGACUUCCACACACGAGGUGCGGCGCUGUUUCACAGCCGCUGAGCAGGCUCUAGACAUGGCAAGAGACUUUGGGUUUGCUUAGUCCUUCAGGUUGGUUGGUAGUCCUGUUUCAUUGACUUAAUAGCUGUACUCACAUGAGGUUAUGUUAGUACGUCAGUGUUUAAUCACUUUUACCACUAAUGACAAAGGUUUAACACCAGUUACAUCAGUUGUAACCUGUUGAUAUUUAACUUUUAAAUACUCUACAUCUUCAAUACACUGAUAUUAUUUCUCUUUCUGACUAUUUGGCAGGGCAGUGGAUUUUCUCACAGUCACUAUCAGAAGCGUUACACCCCUGGAGGUCUGAAGAUGGAGGGGGACCAUGUUCACUGCAUGUCCUGUGUUAAUCAGAGAUGCACAGUCAGAGCUCAGCCAGGCAUUUCUUGCGAUCUUGUUGCCUGUCCUCUGGUGUGCGGGGCUGUAUUUCACUCCUGCAAAGGUGAUGAGCACCACCUUAUGUGCGCACUGGUGAGGGUUCCCUGCCUCAACAGUGGCUACGGCUGCCCUGCCGCCCUGGUUCGCAACCAAAUGUAUGCACACCUUGAAGUGUGUCCAGCUGGAGUGGUGUGCUGCACUAUGGAGUGGAACAGAUGGCCCGUUAGCUGCCUGGACUAUACUUCCUAUGAGAGCCUGAGCCGGGGGGUGGAGGAGGUGGAGCAGCUAGAUAUGGCACUCGCUCUUCAGGACCAGCGUACGCUACUCGAGUCCCUCAAGGUGAUUGCCAUGGCACCUACUGUCGAAGGAGAGCCACUUGUCCCCGUUAGUAAGGAGAACACGGCAACAGACUCAGCGUUGCUUACAUCUGCGCCUGAGACCUCCACCAUUAUCGAGUCACCUUCACAGUCAUCAUCCUCAGGUCAACCUCCCCCACAAGGCUCUGCAAAGGAGAGAAUUGUCAGUGGAAUCAAUGGCUUGAACGAGGAGCACUUCGGUAAACUGUACGAGGCCACAGUGGAGACCGCAAGAAGCUUAGUUGCUGCUUUGGAAUUUGUCAGCAGCGCGAACUCUGUUGACGGCAGCAAAGAGUGUAUCGUGAGUAGAUCGAGCAGCUCUGGAGACCUUAAGAAUGGACCCGAUGGAAAAACACCUGCUGAUGGUUUGAAUAAAAAAGAGAUGGAGGAGCAAAGUGUUUGUUCUAGCUGUUUGAGAGGAAAUGGGGCCGUGAAAGAAACCGAUCCAAAGAUUUUAAAGACGACAAAUGGACCACUGUCAGGAGGAAUGGAGGCCUGCCUGGAGACAUGUCCUGUUGAGGUGAAAGAUGACAUGAAUGCUGGGGUUUCUCAGGAGCCAGUCACCCCCCUAAUGGCAUCUCCAGUGCAUGUCAGCCAGGGCGUGGCACAGAGGGCUGCUCAUGUGGUCCUCGAAGAUAGGGGGCUAGUUCUUUUAGGAAACCAUGGGCCUGAGCGAAAGUUCCACACCUACCAUUUUUUUAGGGGCCAGGGCCAAUGUUCAUUACCUAAUGGACGGAUAGGAUUCAUCCCAGACAGGUCGGGGUAUAGAUUGCGACCAAAAAUGGAGGACAAGUCAGUAGAUACCUCUGAUCUGGAACAGGUCGACGACCCCAUGGGUCUGGGAGAAAUUGAUCUAAUCACGGCGGCGCUGCUCUUCUGUUUAGAGGAGUCCAGAGAGUGUAGGAGGAUCUCUGACACAGUCUAUGUUGAUGGCUACCGUGUUGACUUUGGCACGCAGACUUUCACUUUCCCCGCAGCCAUCUUGGUAACCAACACUAGAGUGGGUGACAUUGCCUCUGCAUCCGCCUGUGACCAUGCUGCCCCACAGCUCUCCUAUCCGAGCCCCUUCCGCACUCUCCGCCUCGGGCUUGUCCUGGAAGCUCUGGAGGUGGAGCCUGUCCCGCACAACUGCUGCCUCCCUCCUAACCCCCGCUACCAACACAUGUUCCCUUUCGUCUGCGGUCAGUCAUUGCGUCGGGACCAGUUUUCCUCCCACUUCACAAAUGUCCAUGGUGACAUUCACGCUGGUCUCAACGGUUGGAUGGAGCACCGCUGCCCUCUGGCGUAUUACGGCUGCACAUUUUCUCAGCGGAGGUUUUACCCAUCCACCGAGGGGGCCAAAGUGGUUCACGAUAGGCACCUCAGGUCCUUCGGGGUUCAGCCUUGCCCAAGGGCAAAGUUUCCAAGUGACUUCCAGUCUGACCAAAUUAGUGGGCUUCCCAUUGAGAUAUUGUGGCACAUAGCUGGCUUCCUGGACAGUUUCAGCCUCUGCCAGCUGUCACUGGUGUCACGGACAAUGAGGGAGGUGUGCGCCAGUCUCCUCCAGACCAGGGGCAUAGUCGAGCUGCAGUGGGAGCGGAGACGGAGUCCUGGUGCCCCUGGCACUGUGUCAUGGCAGACCAAAGACAGAGUGUGGAGAUUCAGCACUGCUUUCAGCCCGGUGUUGUCUUGGGGUUUCACCGAUCUCCCCAGCAUGUCGGACCAUCUUAAGAAGUGCCACUUCAACAAUGUGGAGUACAAGACGGAGCCGGUACCCCUUCCUGCCAUGUGCACUGCACGAGAUGGACACUCGCUGCGUCGCGUCCUCCGUCACGUUAACACCUGAUCCACACAAAGCUGACCCCUCGUAGCAGCACAAGAGUCACUGGUAUUAUGUGGAUGUUGCAAUUACAUAUUUGAUGUCUUGAAAACGUAUAACUCUUCCUGUUUUACACUACAUUGUUAAGAAGCCUGAAUGAAAUCACACCCUAAUUGCCACAAUCAAGGUCUGUUGUUGUGGGUGUCCCUAUGUGGAUUGCAUGGAUUUGUGCUGAAAUGUGUCCUUAUUCUGACAAAAUGAAAAUAUAUUUUCUUGAAGAUAAAUAUGCAUAAUAGAUUUAUACUAUAUGAUAUACUGUAUACAUGUUCUCACUAUCUUGCCUUUCAGUAGUAGCCAUGGGGGAAAAGCAGAUUGUUGGUUAUAUUGCAUUAUUUCUGUGACAGAAGUUAUGCCAGCACUUUACACAAGAUUUGCUUUACCCUCCUAUGUUGAUAUGUGACCCGAAAUGAUCUAGUCUUUCUGAUUCCUAUAGCGGGUGUCAACCCAUCGCAGAUCUGUUGUCUGGGUUUGUAGGAUGUCAGACCAUGAGUCAAAAAAAGAUGGCAAUUAAUGAUAGCCUGAUAAUGUAUGUGAUUUGCUACCAUUUAAUAAAGUCUUUACAGCCUUUUAUGUAUUUGUCUUUAAAGCUCUCCUUAGUUCAAUAUAAAAUGUAAUUUUGUUAUUAUGCAUAGGCUCUUUGGAAAGAGUGAAGUUAUUAAAUAUAUAUCCGAUUUCAAAUAAAGAUUUGUACAAAAUGUAUAGGACCUCUGCAAAUGGUUAUCAAUCUUGAACUCAUUUAAUGAAUAAUAUCCGAAAGAGCAGAUAUUGACAAGUUUCAAGAACGCUUCCAUCCUCGGAUUGAGAAAGUAACCAGUCCAGAAUGGGGAAUCCCUAAAACACGGUUUGAGUCUGUCACAGACAGAUGUGGUAUCAUUCAGGCGUAGUUUGUCACACAGAGGCGAUUCCCAAAGUAAAAUGCCUUACACUGUUACCCAUAAUUCAUUUAAGUCCGGCGUCUGCGCUAAAAACAUCGCAAUAAUACAUCUACAGACCACGAUUCAAUUGCACAUGCAAAUCAUACCUUCCAGUUUAUAGAGAUGCAAAUAUACUGUGGCUGGCAGCUACAGCUUUCUGGGAAUCUGACAGCACAGACAAAUGUUUACU